AUGAGCGGAGUUGCCAGGCGAGGCAGGAACUUGUCUCCCCUUCUCUGGGUCGGGAGCGCAGGCAUUAUGCCCCUUCUCUCGCCAUGAGCUGGCUCUCCAGUUCCCAGGGAGUGGUGCUUACUGCCUACCACCCCAGCGGCCAGGACCAGGCCGUGGGGGGCAGCCAUGCCCAGGGGGGCGAGGAAGCCACCUCGAGCCGCAGAUAUGGCCACUACACUAUGACCCAGGAAAGCACCACCAGAAUUCCGGAAAAACCUCCUUAUGAUCGGUCAAGUUCCCAGGAUUCUAUGGAUGAACACUCUAUGGAGCCCUAUUGGACAGAACUGGAAGACAUCAAGAAAUCUAGUGAAAACAGACAAGAAGAUCAAGAGAUGGUGGUUGUCAGAGAGCCCGAUGAGGGAGAAUUGGAAGAAGAGUGGCUGAAAGAGGCCGGUUUGUCCAAUCUCGUCGGCGAGUCUGCUGGAGAUCCCCAAGAAAGCAUGGUGUUUUUAUCAACAUUGACCCGGACCCAGGCAGCAGCCGUUCAGAAACGAGUGGAGACAGUCUCCCAGACCUUGAGGAAGAAAAACAAACAGUACCAGAUUCCUGACGUCAGAGACAUAUUUGCUCAACAGAGAGAGUCAAGAGACAAAGCUCCAGAUGGCACUGAGUCGCAGUCAGUCAGAACAAAUGAAAACAGAUAUCAAGGAAGAGAUGACCAGGAAUCUAACCUUCUUGUUGGUGAAGAGAAACUGGCCCUACCUGAGGAGGCACCUGCCUCUGAAACCGACAUCAACCUAGAGGUAUCAUUUGCUGAGCAAGCACUCAAUCAGAAAGAUAACUCGAAGGAGAAGACCCAGAGGAACAAAGACAACGAUGCCACCUUACCUAAUUUCAGAUUGCCAAAAGACAAAACAGGCACCACGAGGAUCGGUGACCUCGCACCCCAGGACAUGAAGAAAGUUUGCUCUCUCGCGCUAAUUGAACUGACUGCCCUCUAUGACGUAUUGGGUGUUGAACUGAAACAACAGAAAGCUGUGAAAAUCAAAACAAAAGAUUCUGGUCUUUUUUGUGUUCCGUUGGCAGUAUUGUUAGAACAAGAUCAGAGGAAAGUCCCGGGCAGUAGAAUACCCUUGAUCUUUCAAAAACUCAUUUCUCAAAUUGAAGAGGGUGGUUUGGAAACAGAAGGCCUCUUACGAAUACCUGGAGCUGCCAUCAGAAUCAAGACUCUUUGCCAAGAACUAGAAGCAAAGUUUUAUGAAGGGACUUUUAAUUGGGAAAGUGUCAAACAGCACGACGCAGCUAGCCUGCUGAAGCUCUUCAUCCGGGAGCUGCCCCAGCCUCUGCUCGGUGUAGAAUAUCUGAAAGCCUUCCAGGCUGUCCAAAAUCUUCCAACCAAGAAGCAACAGCUACAGGCUUUGAACCUUCUUGUUAUCCUCCUGCCCACUGCAAACAGGGACACAUUAAAGGCCCUGCUUGAAUUUCUCCAAAGGGUAAUAGAUAAUAAAGAGAAAAAUAAAAUGACGGCCAUGAAUGUAGCCAUGGUCAUGGCCCCGAAUCUCUUUAUGUGUCAUGCAUUGGGUUUGAAGUCCAGUGAGCAGCGAGAAUUUGUCAUGGCAGUUGGGACAGCAAAUAUCAUGCACUUAUUGAUUAAAUAUCAAAAACUUUUGUGGACAAUUCCCAAGUUUAUUGUAAACCAAGUGAGAAAGCAAAACACUGAAAAUCAUAAGAAGGAUAAAAAGGCCAUGAAGAAACUGCUGAAGAAAAUGGCUUAUGACCGAGAAAAACAUGAAAAGCCAGAUAAGAGCACAAAUGAUGCUGACGUUCCUCAGGGAGUGAUUCGAGUGCAAGCUCCCCAUCUUUCGAAAGUUUCCAUGGCAAUACAGCUAACUGAAGAACUAAAAGCCAGUGAUGUACUUGCCAGGUUUCUCAGCCAAGAAAGUGGGGUUGUCCAGACUCUGAAGAAAGGGGAAGUUUUUUUGUAUGAAAUUGGAGGAAAUAUUGGGGAACGUUGCCUCGAGGAUGACACUUACAUGAAGGACUUGUAUCAGCUCAACCCAAAUGCCGAGUGGGUUAUUAAGUCAAAGCCAUUGUAGAAGACUUGACAAGCCAUGGAUAGCCACGAGGACCUCCCUGAUAAUUCUUGCUGAGUCAAGAGUGUACAUAAAAGACAUGGCCGGACUCUUACGAUUCAGCUGUACCCAGCUAUUAAAAAGUGACACUCUCAAGCCUUAAAAAGUAGAUUUGUGCCGCUGCCAGAAUUAUGCUAAUUAUUAUUAAUGUUAUUUUUAGAAAACAAUUAUUUCUGGAGUGUAAGGAAAGAGGCUUAAUUAGUGUAUGAGCUAUUUUCAUGUGCUCUGUGAAAUGUGUCCAGAUGUGACAUCUCUUUUUUAUUAUGAGAAUUUAUUUUCUUCCCACUCACUUUUUUCCUCCUACAAUCAUAUAUACGAUAAUACACACUUUCUCACCUUUAUUCCCUCCUCACAUCUGCCUUCUCCCAAUUAGGUUUGCUUUUUGACCAAGAACAUAAAUACCAGGUAUGGCAAGUUGUGAAGACAGCAUAUAUUAAAACAUACCUAAUUCCACAGUAUUCCUGUCAUUACAGGAUGUUAGUAUUCAUCUCUGUGAACCAUUUGUUCAAAUACUAACAUUCUACUUCUUCCUGCUGUAUCACAUGAGGUGAUUUGCAUUUUUCAGUUCAUCUGACAUAUGUGCAUAGAACUGUAUCCGCCAUCAAGAAAAUAAGACUGUCAGAAGCUGCUAGUUAUUACUGAACCAUUAAAUACUUAUAUACUAAGAAUAAAUAAACUAUACCCAUGUGAAAUAACCGGAUUAUGGAUAAUGAGAGAGGAAACCAAAUCAUUUUAUGUAUGCUGUAGUCUUCCAAAUGGAAUUUAAAGUGUCAUAGCUGACUCUACCUGUUGUCCUAUUACCAUCAUAAAUAUGCAUGAUAGUAUAAUUCACUGAUGGUUGAAGAAUGUAUUCUACUUAAAGAGGGAUUUUUUUGUUUUUACUCCUGAAUAAGUCUACUGGAAGAGUUAUUCUUCCAGGUAUAACACAGUCGUGUGAAUGAGCUUUUGUUUGUGUACUCAUUUUAAAUAAUCAGUUUAUUAAAAUGUUGAAGAACGUUAAUACUAUUCCCAGGGAUUUUACUGCACCAACCAUAUUGUGACAAGAGAUGUAAAUAAGAGAAAUGAAGUCAGAGAGAUGUUAAAUACUUUAUGAGUCUAGAGCAUAGUAAAUAAAAGGUGAUGUAAAUGAAUAUGCACAAUCUGUGUUUAUGAUACUUUUAGUAGUACUUUAGGAAAAACUACACAUUCUCAGAAGCUCUUGAUGCCACUCUAGUUAGGGGAGAAAAUGCUGUUGAUGAGAACAGUUGUAGAUUUUUAGCAUAUAAUUCCAAGAACAGCCUGUGGAUGUGAUUACUUAAUUUUGUGGUGAUUCGUGCCAUUGCUUUAUUUAAAGAGAAAUUUUGUAAUUAAAUGCCUUUUUCUAAA